AGUAAACACUUUUCGAAACUCUGUGAAAUUGUUGAAAUUGUAAGCAAUAACAAAUUAUAUAAAUCUCGAAAAUAAAAUGGCAACACGUGUUGUGGCAACAGCAACGGUGCGCGCUGUUACAGGACGCAAAUUAAUAGCGACACGAGCCGCAUUAACGCUGACACCAGCUGCAGUGCAACGAAUCAAAUCACUGCUGCAGGAUAAGCCAGGUGUUAUCGGUCUCAAGGUUGGUGUGCGUCAACGAGGAUGCAAUGGACUUUCCUACACACUCGACUAUGCCAACAGCAAAGCAGAUAAAAUGGACGAGGAAGUGUUGCAGGACGGCAUCAAGGUGUUUAUUGACAAGAAGGCGCAACUAUCUUUGCUAGGAACCGAAAUGGAUUUUGUGGAAUCGAAACUCUCGAGUGAGUUUGUGUUCAACAAUCCGAAUAUUAAGGGCACCUGUGGUUGCGGCGAAUCGUUCAGCAUGUAGAGAGAGAUGAAUCCAGUGCCAUUAUCUCUACAGAACCGCACCCGCCUCGCAAAAUAGAAACACCUAAAUUAUCUAAGUUUACGUAGAGAUUACAGCUUGUUAAUUUUUCUAACUGUUAUUUGCGAAAUAUGGGCAAUUGUUUUAAGGUGCUUCCUCAAAACAAAGUGUUGUGCCACAUGCGACACCAAUCAAUUGUACUAAAAAAAAAAUGAAGAAUUAAAUAUGCUUAAGAUUUGUUUUCUGUA